ACGAUGACUGGAUGAAGCGUUGGCCAAUUAGCGAGAAGAAAGAUGCUUGGAGGCGGGAACUUGUCCCUCGCUGCAACGCGAGCGAGCAGAUCCUGUGACCGGUUUCGUUGCGGCUUUGGUUUUGAAAAUUGUGGGUGCCCUGAAUCGGUGAAUUACGCGUGGACCAUGCCUAUACAAUCCUUCUCCUUUCCUUUGCCUGAGACCAGGUUCUUCCAGGCUGGACAACAUGUCUACAAGUUCAAGAUCAGGGGAGGCAAUAACUGCAGUGAAGUGAAGUUGAUGGGAGAAGAGUUUGUCAAUCGGGAGUUGGAGAAUACCAUUAGAGCGGUGCUAGCCAACCUGGACUGUCUCCAGCCGUUCACUACCCCACACUUCACUGUCUACCCUUACAAGAGUAAGUGGAAGAGAGUGUCCAAGUUUAAAUUUGAGAAGAUGUCAGGAGAGAAGCUGUCUGCUUACCCCUACCUAGUCACUGUGUACCUAGAGAACAACACACACACAGAGAUGUGUGUGGAAGAGUGCUGGACACCAGUGAGAGCAGGAGAAGGCAUCCCCCUCCUUCCUGCCAGUGGUCAUGAGUGCCAGGCCAAGCGCAGUAAGACAGGACCACCACACUGGGGCACCCUAACACCACAACAAAGAGACUGUCUCAUCAUGCAGAGACCACAGUCACACAUACAUCAUGAACUUCUCAGACCAGGGGAAACGGAGGCAAAGAAUGGUGAUGGCAAGGCAGACUGUGUGGUAUCAGAUAGCCAGACCCCACAGAGUACAGUCGGGGGCUCUGUGACCGGUGGCAGUGAGACCAUGGAGGUCAGCGGGGGUCACGGAGGGGAAGAGGUGCAUCCAGGAGCGGUAGAGGAGGGCGACCUGGAGGACCCUGACCUGGACCCCAAGUCUCAUGUGAGGCCAGGUUUGCUGGCCCGCCUUGUCAGUCAGGUGUUUCCAUUCUCCAUGUUCUUCAGAGAAAGCUAAGAUGCUCAGGAACAACGGCUUCUGUAACCUUCUAGAACCUCUGUUGUGAUCUGAAUGUUCAAGUUCUGUUUUAGUUUCAGGCCCAAAUGGUUACCUAUUCCGUAUAUAGUGCCCUACUUAUAAUGAUUGAUGUUAGUUCAUAGUGGAAGGCCCAAAUGGUUACCUAUUCCGUAUAUAGUGCCCUACUUAUAAUGGUUGAUGUUAGUUCAUAGUGGAAGGUUUUGGAGUUUGGUUUUGACACAUUUUGUAAUAAAUGAUCUGAUUCUAA